ACUACUCUGGGUGUUCAGGAUCCCAGUGUAGCCCCGAGCCUUUCUCAGGGUGAGCUUUUAAGCACAAAAUCCAUGUCCUGGGUUGACAUACUUCAGCUAACUAGAACAUUUAGCCAGAAGCAGAACUGCAGAAGCCAAAAAGCAACGUUAGUGCAUUUAGAGACUUUCCCAGGACUAGGGACUUUGAUGGACUAGGUCUUUGUUUUCAUUUUGGCAGGUGGUGCUGUCUACGUGCUGAGUUUUAUGGCCUCACUGGUAUGUCCAUCAUGGAGUCAGUUGUGCUAAGGUCUGGGGCCCUGUUACAGUUCUUUUUUUUUUUUGUUUUUUCUUUCUAUCUUGGAUGCCCAUUUAAAACUCUCAUGCCCAGGAGCUGAGUGAUUAAGUUCAUCCGAGUUCAGUUCCCAGAACCUGUACUGGGGACCUCACAACCUCCUGCGAUCCCAGCUCCAGGGGAUUCAGUGCAUCUGGCCUCCUAGGGUAACUGUACUCAUAUGCACAUCUCCCCCUAACUACACAGUUAAAAAUAGAAAUAAAGCCGGGCGGUGGUGGCACAUGCCUUUAAUCCCAGCAUUUGGGAGGCAGAGCCAGGCGAAUCUCUGUGAGUUCAAGGCCAGCCUGGUCUACAGAGUGAGUUCCAGGAAAGGCGCAAAGCUACACAGAGAAACCCUGUCUCGAAAAACAAAACAAAACAAAACAAAACAAAACAAAAAAAGUAGAAAUAAAUCUUUUAAAAAAGAAGCUGGGUAUGGGGUGGCCAACUUUAAUCCCAGCACUUGGAGCGAGCCUUGUCUACAUGUAAAGAGGAGUUCCACGCCAGCUGGGGCUGUAGAGUGGGACUAGAAGAAAUAAAUCCUGUGUGAUCCUGUCCCCAAAGACUUCCAUUGAGCAGAGGUGAACCCGGACAAAUAGGACCUUAGAUAAUUCUGAUGUGAAGGUAGGAUCAGGAACCAUGGCCCUACAUGGAGGAUUACCUAUCAACACUUCCCCUCCCAAUUAGUCUGAGGAAGGUAUUCCAGGGCAGGGCGACCAAGCGUUUUAGGUUUGUCCACAGUGGUUCCAAUUUUAGCACUGUCAGAUACACGUCCUGUGCAAGCUGGGACAAUUGUGACUGUGAUGAGCCACUAUUUGAAAGGCUUCUCACAGCUGGGUGAGAACGCCUUUAACGCCAGCACUCUAGAGGCAGAGGCAGGAGGAUCUCCUCUGGUGGGAGGAGUUUGUGGCUAGCCUGGUCUACAUAGUUCCAGGACAGCCAGGGCUAUGUAGAGAGAUCCAAUCUCAAACUAUAAACAAACAAACAAACAAACAAAUAAAUAAAUAAAAGUCAUUUCAGUAGGUGUGGUGGUACAUGCCUGUCAUCUCAGCAUUUGGGAGGUAGAGGCAGGAAGAUCAGAGUUCAAAGUCAUCCUUGGCUACAUAGAAAGGAUCCUGGACUACAUAGAUCCUGCCUUAAAACAAACAAACAAACGAAAACAAAACAAAAGGAGGAAGGGGCUGGAGAGAAAUCCCAGCCCUUGAGGCAGACAGGAGAACCUCUGGGGCUAGCUGGCUAGCCAGCCUAAUCUGUAGUCAAGUCUCCUAGGUCCCAGUGAGAGAUCCAAACUCAAAAAAUCAAAUCAAGAUGGACAGCUCCUGGGGAAAGACACCUGAGGCUGACCUCUGGUCUCCCAACAAGAGCACAUGUGCAGGCAUACCAGCACAUACUUGAACACAUCUACAUACACAGUAGUGAAAAUAUUUUGGAAGAACACUUAUAGAUUUCCUUCCUUCCUUCCUUCCUUCCUUCCUUCCUUCCUUCCUUCCUUCCUUCCUUCCUUCCUUCCUUCUUCCACUCUUUCUUUUUGAGACAGGGUUUCUCUGUGUCUGUGUUGUUCUGGCUAUCCUGGAAUUAGCUCUGUACAUCAGGCUGGCCUUGAACUCAGAGAGCCAGCCUGCCUCUGCCUCCCAAGUGCUGAGAUUAAAGGUGUGCACCACUACUGCCUGACUACAGAUUUUUAAGAAAGAUUUUUACUUUCUUAAAGUACUGACAUGGUAUCAGGGUUUCUUUAGUCCUAUGCUCUGGAAUGCUAGCUUGGUCAAAUCACUUCUGGGGAACUGUAUCUGCUUCCAGGGAAUUAUUCUAGACUGUCUCUCAGUGUAUGGGGCAGCUUUGAAAGCUCAGUUAUGAUCAAAAAGGAUGAUGACGUGUUGAAGAUAAUACAAGGUUCAGAGUGGAGUCCUCUGUCCUCUAUAGCAGUGGGUACCUUUAAGAAAUAUUUAUUUAGGAGCUCAAUGGUUAAGGGCACUUGUUGCUUUCUCAGAGGAGCCAAGUUUGUUUCCCAGCACCCACAUGAUGGCUUACAGCCCUCCAUAACUCUAGUUCCAGGGGAUCUGAUACCUUCAUCUGUCCUCUGUGGGCACCUGGCAUUCAUGUGCAGGCAAAACACUCAUACACAAAAUAAAUUAAUCUAGAAAAUUAUGAAUUUUAUUUCAUGUGCAUAAAUGUGUGCCGGAAUAUACGUAUAUAAAAUACCACAUGUGUGCAGGAGUCUGUGGAGGUCAGAGGAAGUGUCAGAUCCACUGAAACUUGAGUUAUAGACAGUUGUGAGCAUCAUGUGGGUGCUGGGAAUCAAACCUGGAUCUUCUGUAAGAACACCCAAUCCUCUUGACUGCUGAAACAGUUCCAUGGCCUCUCCCUCCCUCCCCUUUUUUCUGAGACAAGGUCUCUAUGUAGUCUUAGCUGACCUGGAACUCACUAAGCAGGCCUGGCUGACCUGGAACUCACUAUGCAGGCCUGGCUGAUCUGGAACUCACUAAGCAGUCCUGGCUGUUCUAGAACUUACUAUACAGGCCUGCUUGAUCUGGAACUCAGUAUGGAGGCCUGGCUGACCUCACAGGUGCUGAGAUCACAGUGUGUAUCACCCACAUGCAGCUCAGCAGUGUUGUGUUAUUAUCACUAUUAUUAGUAUUUACUGGGGUGCAUGCACCUACAUGAUUUGUUAAGUAGCUCUGGGGGGAGCAAUGUGAUGUAGCUGCGGGCCCCAGGGAAUUGGCUUUACGGCCACCUGAAAGGCAAGCUUUGGUGUCUCCUUUGCUUUAUCUGUAAAUGGGAACAACAGCAUAGGGUGGGAGGGAGUGUCUCCAAAAUAACCUGAGUAGGAGGGACUCUGAAGACUUGAGGAGGGAGGAAUUGCAUUAGUCUUCGAAUGGAAGUAAUAUGAACAUACUAUUGUGCACACCACCCAAGCUGUGGUAAUACUAACAUACUAUUGUGCACACCACCCAAGCUCUGGUUCCUCAACCCUGAACCGCAGCCAGGCCAGUGGAGUCCAAGAAAGGAGCGUUGAAUGCACAGUGAGCCAUGGAGAGGCCUGGGGAAGCAGAACUCCCUACCCUAGUUGCCCUCGCCAGUGAGGGCCAGUAGGCUUUGCCCCCAGAAGGAAAACUUUGAGUGAUGGAGGUCUGUGAAGGCAAUUUUUGUUUUUAAAUCUUUUGCCUAUUUAUUUCGAGUUGUGUGCUCAUACAUGGAGCUAAAAGAAAACAGCCACAGCCACAAACCUAUAAUACUGAAAAGCCAGUUCUUAAUUUCUGUAGCUAAAAAAGCAUCCUUUCAGGCCGUGACCACAGAGAGAUCACUGUGGGCUCUGGACCAAGGUAUAAUGAUGGCUUGCAGUGUGAUGAAGGAGGCUGUUAAUCUCUGUGGCUCAGGAGCCCAAUCCCUGGCCUCAUCCAUUACCCACGUUGCCUAGCAACGCCACCAAAAACCUCCCACUAGUCCCAGCCGGGCAGCAAGUGGGUGCACCCAGCACAGACUGCAUGGCUCCCUGGCCACAUCAAGGCUGGCCUCAGCCCCGGGAGGGACUUGCCUGGUACUGAUGAAUGGGUGGGACCAGCUGCGUGAAAAAACCAAUUCAGCUAUUUGAAACCUACUUGUGCGGCUGCAGUUAGGAAACGAUAUAAGCGGAUGACCAAAGUGUCUUCCAUCAAAGAAGAGUUGUCCAAAGGGCAUUAGCCCAGCAACCUUCCUGAGCUAGGUAAAGAAGAGAAGGUGGAGGGAGGACCAGGCCCAUGGCUGCUGCUCACGAUGUGGAGAUGGAGAGCGUGAAUCUGAACAUGGAGAGAGGGGGGAAGGAAGAGCUGGAGGAGGAGAAAGUGAGAGAGGACAGGGAAGGCAAAGACUUCCCCAGGAGCAGAAAAGUCCACAGGAUUGUCUCAAAGUGGAUGCUUCCUGAGCCCGUCCGAAGAACGUACUUGGAGAGAGCCAACUGCCUUCCGCCACCGCUGUUCAUCAUCUCCGUCAGCCUGGCUGAGCUGGUCGUGUUUAUUUAUUAUGCUGUGUGGAAGCCUCAGAAGCAGUGGAUCACCCUGGACACGGGGAUCUUGGAAAGUCCCUUUACUUACCGCCCUGAUAAGAGGGAAGAGGCCUGGAGGUUUAUCUCAUACAUGCUGGUCCAUGCUGGAGUCCAGCACAUCGUGGGGAAUCUCUCUAUGCAGCUCGUUCUGGGUAUUCCCUUGGAAAUGGUCCACAAAGGCCUCCGAGUGGGGCUGGUGUACCUGGCAGGAGUGCUUGCAGGUUCCCUUGCCAGCUCCAUUUUUGACCCCCUUAAUUCUCUUGUGGGUGCUUCAGGAGGAGUCUAUGCGUUGAUGGGAGGCUACUUUAUGAAUGUUAUAGUGAAUUUUCGAGAAAUGAUUCCUGCCUUUGGAAUCGUCAGACUACUUGUCAUCAUCCUGAUAGUUGCCUCAGAUAUGGGAUUUGCUCUCUACAGGAGGUUCUUUGUCCCUGCAAACGGAUCUCCGGUGUCCUUUGCUGCUCACAUCGCAGGCGGAUUUGCUGGGAUGUCCAUAGGUUACACUGUGUUCAGCUGCUUUGACAAGACGCUGCUCAAAGACCCCAGGUUCUGGAUUGCAAUUGCUGCAUACGUAGCUUGUCUCUUAUUUGCUGUGUUUUUUAACGUCUUCCUGUCCCCAGCAAACUGACUCGCCUCUAUUAUAAGCCAGUCAAUAAAAGUGCCACAUGGGGGAAAGUGGAAAACUGUGAAGAAACACAGCUAUCCCAGCAUAUGCUAAGAGCCUUAUAAAGAUGGACAGCACCCGAUUCAUCCCUCCUGAGGGGAACUUCCAGUAGGAAGGAAGAGGAAAAGACAGAAAUCAAAGACUGGGUCUUCCGUGCACGGAGUAUGUGUUAUCCUAUGACAGAGACUUGAUAUCCUUGGGGGAUGUAAGUUGGAGUUUGUUUGAUAGACUCCACGAGAACUGUACUAUCAUCCUGAGAAUAAACACUUUUCGUAUCUGUGUUAGA